AUGACGACGGUGGCCGCGGCGCAGGACGGGGAGGGGCAGCAGAUCAUCUUUGACUCGCUGCCGUAUUACGACAACGAGCUGGAGCAGUACCCGAUUCUGAAGGAGAAGGUGGAGAGGGAGCUCGCGAGGGAGGGCCGGCCGCCGCAGGCGCUGCACCCCAAGGUGCCGCCGGAGCCGACGCUGUUCGCUGGGAGGCCGAUGCUGCAGGCCGAGCUGGAGCGGGUGUCGAACCACCGGCUGCUGCCGCCGCUGGACACGACGCGGUACCAGCUGCCCGGGCCCACGAAGCCGGACAACGAGGAGCAGUGGCAGGAGGCGCUGCGGAACGCGCGCGCGCAGCUCGAGCACCAACGGCUCCGACACACGAACCUGGCGCUGGUGCAGCAGUACGGGCCGAACGCGUGGAAGGUGCACAACUACUUGAACGAGGCGGCGGCGAAGGACAUCGAGAAGGCGCUCGAGGAGCUCAAGAACCUGACGGUGGAGGUCAACCGGGACCGACGAAACGCGCAGGCGAGCUCGCUGACACGCCGCGGCUGGUCCCAGACGCGUCUCGGGGCGCAGCUGACGUCGCUCGAGACGCGGUGGACGGAGCUCAUCUCGAGCAUCCUCCAGAUCGAGCUCGCCAACGUCGCGCUCGAGGUCGAGAUCGACCGCCUCAACCGCCGCGAGGUCGAGCUCGCUGCCGCGGUCUAG